GCGCCGCCGGGUCGGGCAGGGCUGGCUGGUUCCACAAGUUUGACAGUUUGGCCGAAGGUAGCCGCGGAACCGUCUCUGCCGGGGCUUUCCUGGGGCGGCGGCCGGGCGCGGAGCGGCGCCGCAGCAGCUCCCAGAAGAUAAAAAAGUUUUUCCCGCCGACCCCCUCGGCCUCUCCGCCGGCUCCCCACAGCCGCCCCCUGCACCGUCGCGCCUGCCGCCGCCUGCGGGGCACCAUGUCUCGGGAUCCCGAGGAGGUGAACAAGCUGACGGAGAGCACCUACAAGAAUGUUAUGGAACAGUUCAAUCCUGGGCUAAGGAAUUUAGUAAACCUGGGGAAAAAUUAUGAAAAAGCGGUUAAUGCUAUGAUACUGGCUGGAAGAGCAUAUUUUGAUGGUGUUGCAAAGAUUGGAGAAAUAGCAACCGUAUCUCCUGUUUCUAAAGAAUUGGGACAUGUUCUUAUAGAGAUUUCAAGUACAAACAAGAAACUUAAUGACAGUCUAGAAGAAAGUUUCAAGAAAUUUCAUAAAGAGAUUAUAUCUGAACUGGAGAAGAAGACAGAACUGGAUGUAAAAUAUAUGAAUGCAACUUUAAAGCGAUACCAAACAGAACACAGAAGCAAGUUAGAUUCAUUGGAGAAAUCUCAGUCUGAGCUGAAAAAAAUCAGAAAGAAAAGUCAAGGUGGAAGAACUGCAUUGAAAUAUGAGAAUAAAGAAAUUGAGUAUUUGGAAACUGUGAGUUCUCGACAGAGUGAUAUUCAGAGAUUUAUUGCUGAAGGUUGCAGAGAAGCUCUACUUGAAGAAAAAAGAAGAUUCUGUUUUCUGGUUGACAAGCACUGCAGUUUAACUCAGCAUAUGCAGUUCUAUCAUAAACAGUGUGCAGAUUUACUUAACUACAAGUUGCCGGGAUGGCAGGAAACAUGUAGUGAUGCCACAAAAGUUCCAGAAAAAGUUAUGAAUAUGAUAGACGAGAUGAAGACACCAGGUUCCACUCCAAUCUCAGGAACUCCACAACCUUCACCAGUGACAGAAAGAAGUAGUACGGUUGGAAGAGUACCCCCUGCUCCUACCAUUAAAGCGCAUACUAGUCCUUUAGUUGACAUGUUUAACAAUCCACCACCAGUUCCAAAGGUUUCUUCAGAAAGAUUACAUUAUUCAGCAGGUAAUUCAAAUGAUGCCAGUUUAUCACGUUCAACUUCUGUUGCCACAGGACUGAACAUAAUGAAAAGGCAGAAAGUAAAAACUAUCUUUCCACAUACAGCUGGGGCUAACAAGACCUUACUUAGCUUUGCACAGGGAGAUGUCAUCACACUUCUUAUAGCUGAAGAAAAGGAUGGCUGGCUUUACGGGGAACAUGACUUGACUAAAGUGAAAGGAUGGUUUCCAUCAUCAUACACAAAGCUAUUGGAAGAAUCAGCUGAUGAAACAGGAUAUAUUCCAGUGCCAAGCCCUGCACCAAUCAGAAGUAUCAGUUCUGUAAAUCUAGCAGACAAAGGUGGUGUUGUCCUCCCCCCACCAGAUUAUCAGGGAUCCUUGCAAGCAGGCACAACGAGAGCAGAUUCUUCCAAAGCCACUACUGUUAUGCCAUCUGCGGCCAGACCAGAAAGCACAACUCCUAAACCUGAUAUGAAUGGCAUUAUGAAACCACCUUUCCUAAGCGGAGAAAAUCCUUUUGCUACUGUGAAACUCCGACCAACAGUUACAAAUGACAGAUCAGCACCAAUAAUUCGAUGAAUACCAUUCCUGAAAAUAUUUUUACUCUUUGUGAACACCAUGUUCAGCAAUAUGAUUAUAAGGCUAUCUAAUGUUAUUUAAAUGUAAUUAGUGUACAGUAGGAGAAUAUUGGACUGGAUUUCUGAUUUUAACAAUCCAUUUGCUUUAUAAAUGAGGUAAAUUGCUCUGAGUUAAAAUGUUUGAGAAUUUUGGCUUAAUUUUACAUUACAUGCCUUUUUUUAGGAAGACAGUUAUAAAAGUAUAGGGGAAGUUUAAAUACUGAAGUUACCUGCAUACUUUAUCAACACACAUCUAUUGUAUGGAAAUACCAUGGACAAGUUUGCAAUUAAGUCUGCAUAUAUUGUUUAGUAGAUAAACUGCAUUUUAAUAAAAGGGGUACUACAGCUGUUGCCUUAACACUAAGAAUAGAAGUUUGAUGUAUAAAAUGAUUAUGCAUUGCAUUUUGUUUUAGAUGUCUUGGGUUAUAAAUAGAUAAUAAAUAUUUAUCCUCUAA